AUGCCAUUCGUCAAACCCGCAUUCGACGAGCUACCCCUCCGCAAGGACGGCCCCCGCGGAAAUGCCUGGGGCCUAUUCGGCAAGGAUGACCCAUGCGGCAUGUUAAACCUGUUAACACCAGAGCGGGUGAAAGCUGCAGCACAGGAGAUCCAGGACGGGGUACGCAUUUCCACAGAUUGGCCCUUGGACUUUCUUUCCCGGCCGCUGUUCGACAGGCCUGCGUUCAGCCAUACAGUGCUCCCUAAGGCUCCGCGGGCCGUGAACGAUGAUGUUCUCACGUUUAAUACGCAGAGUGGGACACAGUGGGAUGGGUUUAGGCAUUAUGGAUAUCAGGAUGCAAAGAUUUUCUUCAAUGGGCAUAGUCUGGAUGAUUUGUUUAAGAGUAGCGUGAAUGGGAUCCACGCAUGGGUGGAAAGAGGUGGCAUUAUAGGACGCGGAGUCCUUCUCGACUACGCCGCAUGGGCAGAGGCUAACAACGUCGAAGUCAAGCACUUCGCCUCGCAAUCCAUCCCCGUCCAGGUCCUGAAGGACAUUGCCACAAGCCAGAACCUAGCACUGAAAGAAGGAGAUAUUCUCUUUAUCCGCACGGGAUGGGGCCGUGCCUUUACACAACUAUCCGACACUGAAGUGAACGCCAUGGCGGAUAUCCCCGUACCACCCGCUAUCGGAGUCGAGUCUUCCAAGGAGACGCUGCGCUGGCUUUGGGAAACCGGGUUCUCCGCAGUAGCGGGGGACAUGCCUGCCUUCGAGGCGUGGCCGUGCCAGAAUACCCAGUUUUGGCUCCAUGAAUGGUUACUUGCCGGCUGGGGUGUCCCGAUUGGAGAGCUUUUUGACCUCGAGGAGCUCAGUCAGGAGUGUCAGAAGCGGCAACGGUGGUCGUUCUUUUUCAGCAGCGUGCCGCUGAAGGUUCCCGGCGGCGUAGCUAGUCCUCCAAAUGGAGUGGCCAUUUUCUAG